AGGAUGCACAUCCUUCUGGCCCUUCUCUAUGUCUCUCUCGUGGCGGCUCCUGGUUGCACAAGUCUUCCCGCAAAGGGAGAAUCCAUCAGAAAUACCAUACACAACAUAAUAAACAUUGCUCAGAUAACCCUGGUCCACAUUAAGAAAGUCAGGACAAAGUUGCCGGUACCUCCACAGGCAGAAGUCACCAGUUAUUCCAUUGAGGGACUAACUGGUAUCAGCCAUGACCUUGGACUUUUGGAUAAUGAACUGCAGAGCCCUUUCACAGAGCUCCUCAGCCAGAUCCAGGCUGAUGUCUCCAGCUUGGAGGGAAGGGUGCGCUCCCUCGCCCUGACGAUGGACUGUCCCAUCCACCCCAGACCCAGCGGAGAGACCGGAGACAAUUUGUUCCCGGACAGUCACCUCUACCUGACUCUGACAAAGGUGCAGCACUAUCUGGAAAAGUUGCUUCUCAACAAGGACAAACUCAAGGUCUGUUGA